CACAGUUCUUGAUGAUGACAACGGCGAUGGAGGACUACAAAUUGUCGACAAAUUUACAGUUGCCUUAAAUAUUCAAAACCCAUCUUGGCAGUAUCAUCAUAAAAACGCUACUGGAACUAGGUCUCAUUCAUUUUCUUUAUUGAGUAUGAUAUUUCGUUAUGAAUGUCUGAAACCAAUUCAAACUGUAAGUGGCUGCUUUAGUAGGGACUGCGUAUUACAUCAAAACGAAUCCGAAUGUAUUAAUAUCCUGCAACCAAACAAUCAAGUUAACACAACCGAUAUUGUGUUACAAACAACAUCAAGUCCAUACGAAUGUGGGCGAUUUGAAGUUCAAAAUAUGGGAAAGUUUCUGAAUUGCACAACUCUAAUGACAGAUACAACAGAAAAAGUAACAUCAGAUAUUACUACGCCAAUGAAUAUUGAAGAAACAACCCAGUCCAAUGAAAUGACAACACAAUUGAGUCAACUUACAGACUCGGUCACGACAACAAAACCAAACGAUGAUACAAGUACACCUAGUACAACAGAUAUAUCAACCCAAGAGUUUUCUUCAUUUAAACCACAAACUACGCAUGUAGACAUAUCUACAAUUAAUCAAGGAUCAUCUGUGUCUUUAGUUACAAAUAAUUCAAAAUCACAAGUAACCAGUGAAUUUACGGAACCGUAUACGUCAGUAUACAUAGUCACAACAAUUGAGAAACACACUUCUUCAAGGUCAUCUGCAAACUUAUCAUCGACAAAUACAAUCUCAGAAUAUAACAGUAAAUCAACUACUGAGUCAAUUAAAAAUACUUUGUCAUCAACGCAGGAAAAUUUGUUGACAAUUCAAUUUUCUACAAAUGAUAUGAACAAAACUGGAAGACCAAGUGGUCCAGGAGUAGUAAGCAGUCCCCCGACGCAUUCUACAGACAUACCCGAUAUUAAUACAACGAUAAAAGAAACAAACAGUGGACCAAUGAAAUAUUGGCCUGGUAUAGUUGGGGGAGUUUUAGGAGCUUGUGUAGUUGUUGCUGUAGUUUCUUACAUAAUAUACAGUCGAAGAAGAAGAAUGAAUAAAAGAAAUAAUGAUAUAUACAAUGUGAACCCGAAAAGAUGGGUGCUUGAACCUCCAGAAGAGAAUGGCACAUCUGGAAAAUCUGAAAUAGCAUUGGAGACUGAACAAGUUUGAAGAUGAAAGUUAAAAAAAACUGUUCUUAUUAACUGUGAUAAGUUUCUGUGCUGUGGUACAAAAUUAGCACUGAGAUUGCGAGGGCGCAAGAUAUUUGCGUGACCAUGGUAUCAUUAGGUCAAAAAUAUGGUAGUCAAGUUUACACUUAGGCUUAUGGUAUUUUCAGAUACUAGUCUAGUAGAAAACUAAUACAACUAAAAAUAAUGCAAUUAUCAAUUUUAGACAAUAACAGUUGUCAUGUUUUGAGACAGUUUUUAGUUUAGAAUAUAUAAUUAUUCACUAACCCGGUUCAACGGGGUAAUUUAUUAAUCAAUUUUUGCAUACAUGACAAGACAACAAUUAAAAAACCUUAUCAUUAGUGAGAAGUUGAACAAACGAAUCAAUGGAUGAAAUGUAAUCAAAGUUUGUAGUAACAUGAAUGUAGUGUUCAUUACAGUUAUAUAAUUAAUUUUCAAAAUCUAUUGGAUAUUUUUUUAAAAACAAGAAAAAAAAUGUAAAUGAGAAUCCUACAUAGAUUUUCUGCUGCACAUGAUAUGAAGAAAACUUCAUUGUUCGAAGUAUGAAGUUACAAAAUGUACUCAUUCGUUUAAAGUCCAGUAUGAUUAUAUAUAGUUAAAACAUAAACAUAAAAGGAAGAAAGCAAGGAACAUUGGAAUCUUUGAAACUUUAAAAGAAUGUGAACGUUUCUGAGUUCAUUUAUAUCUAAACACAAGUUUACGAGUAUGUAGUAUAACGAAAUCAGAGUUCUAUAUUUUAAUUAGAUUGAUCUAAACACCACUGUUCUUAAUGUUUCUAUAUAUUUGCGUUAAUGUGUAUACUGAAAUUUAUACUUAACAAUAUGUUUGGUCAAAUCAUUUUACCAAUAACAGUGCAACAUAGUACUCCUUUUUUUCAAACGUAGGUUCCAAAUCGAAUUGAGACGAUUUAUGCUCCAAAAAAUUAAAUCCCUUUUCGUUUUGAAGCUCUUUGUGUUUUCAUUUAUCUUUUCAAACUUUUGACAUUGUUUAUAUCUAUCUCUUCAAAACGAAGUAUUCGAAUAUUCGACAUAGUUUAAUUUCGGUGGGCCAAACUAGCUUUAGCCUGGCAUCCUGGCCUGGCUUCGAGUCGAGCAGUGAUUGAAGAUCCCUGGCUAAACUGGCUUCUGUAGCUUUCAGUUGUUAUUUCGAACGUAGUAUAUUCUGUAUGACUGAUUUUGAUUUAAAAGUCGUUUUGUUUUAAAGUGAUUUUAUGAUGCUGUACAUUGUGCUUGUAUAUUUUUUCGAGUAAAAAAAAUCAGAACCUAACUUUAAUAUGUCGCUGGCGAUUAAGUGAUUCUGAUUGAAAUGUUUAUUUUAUUUAAAUUGCAAUAAUAGUUGAUGUUCAUGAAAAUCUGUCACAUACUAGUUUAUCAUACAGCGCGGUAACAUAAUCAAAAUUCAAUACUUAGCAAACAAAGAAUUAUAUCAAUUCAAGAUUAUAUAUAUUAAUAUAUAAUCUUUUUUGUGUUUGAAGAAACUAGGAAAUUUAAACAGAUAACAGAAAUUACAUAUUAUCGGCUGUGUAUGAAUCAAUCAAGCUCAGACUACUAUUAGUAAUAAAAGUCUCAGCAUCAAGAAAUACUGGAUCAUGAUCAUUCAAAAUAUUUGUAGCAUUCAUCUGUAAAUGUUCAUAAUAUUGUUUUGAACUACUCAUAUUAAUUAAAAUAUAUAUUUAAAUUAUAUUGCUUCAUUUAAA